GAACAUGACGGCGCCCUGGGCGGCCCUCGCCCUCCUCUGGGGAUCGCUCUGCGCGGGCUCUGGGCGUGGGGAGGCCGAGACAAGGGAGUGCAUUUACUACAACGCCAACUGGGAGCUGGAGCGCACCAACCAGAGCGGCUUAGAGCGCUGUGAGGGCGAGCAGGACAAGCGGCUGCACUGCUACGCCUCCUGGCGCAACAGCUCCGGCACCAUCGAGCUGGUCAAGAAGGGCUGCUGGCUGGACGACUUCAACUGCUACGAUAGGCAGGAGUGUGUGGCCACUGAGGAGAACCCCCAGGUGUAUUUCUGCUGCUGUGAAGGCAAUUUCUGCAACGAGCGCUUCACCCACUUGCCGGAGGCUGGGGGCCCAGAAGUCACGUACGAGCCACCCCCGACAGCCCCCACCCUGCUCACGGUGCUGGCCUACUCGCUGCUGCCCAUCGGAGGCCUCUCCCUCAUUGUCCUGCUGGCCUUCUGGAUGUACCGGCAUCGCAAGCCUCCCUAUGGCCAUGUGGACAUUCACGAGGACCCUGGGCCUCCUCCCCCGUCCCCUCUGGUGGGCUUGAAGCCACUGCAGCUGCUGGAGAUCAAGGCUCGGGGACGUUUUGGCUGUGUCUGGAAGGCGCAGCUCAUGAACGACUUUGUGGCUGUCAAGAUCUUCCCACUCCAGGACAAGCAAUCUUGGCAGAGUGAGCGGGAGAUCUUCAGCACUCCGGGCAUGAAGCACGAGAACCUGCUGCAGUUUAUCGCCGCUGAGAAGCGCGGCUCCAACCUCGAGGUGGAGCUCUGGCUCAUCACGGCCUUCCACGACAAGGGCUCCCUCACGGAUUACCUCAAAGGGAACAUCAUCACGUGGAACGAACUGUGUCACGUGGCAGAGACGAUGUCACGAGGCCUCUCUUACCUGCAUGAGGACGUGCCCUGGUGCCGUGGAGAGGGCCAUAAACCGUCCAUCGCUCACAGGGACUUUAAAAGCAAGAAUGUAUUGCUGAAGAGCGACCUCACAGCCGUGCUGGCUGACUUUGGCUUGGCUGUUCGGUUUGAGCCAGGGAAACCUCCAGGGGACACCCAUGGUCAGGUGGGCACACGACGGUACAUGGCCCCUGAGGUCCUGGAGGGAGCCAUCAACUUCCAGAGAGAUGCCUUCCUGCGCAUCGACAUGUAUGCCAUGGGGCUGGUGCUGUGGGAGCUGGUGUCGCGCUGCAAGGCUGCGGAUGGGCCCGUGGAUGAGUACCUGCUGCCCUUUGAGGAAGAGAUUGGCCAGCACCCGUCGCUCGAGGAGCUGCAGGAGGUAGUUGUGCACAAGAAGAUGCGACCUACCAUUAAGGAUCACUGGCUGAAGCACCCGGGCCUGGCCCAGCUCUGUGUGACCAUUGAGGAAUGCUGGGACCAUGAUGCAGAGGCGCGCCUGUCUGCCGGCUGUGUGGAGGAGCGGGUGUCCCUGAUCCGGCGGUCGGUCAACGGCACUACCUCGGACUGUCUUGUAUCCCUGGUGACCUCCGUCACCAACGUGGACUUGCCCCCUAAAGAGUCAAGCAUCUAAGCCCGAGACACUACUAUCUCUCCAGACUCAGUGGAUCUGAAGAA